AUUAACGUAAAAUCGAUCGAUGACACAUUUUUUGACUCUAGACCUGGGCCAGGUGUCAUCAGAUGCCGUUCCGAGAACGAAGCUAACGCGGUAGUUGACACGCUCGCGCAUACGUGUUCAACCGAGUCACCAACCCACCAUGAUGAACGUUUCUUUCGCGACGCGUCACGACGGAUCCGACGUCUGUUCUUCCUCUUGCGUCGCGUUUUUGAUCUCUUCUGCUCUUACGUCAAUCCACGCUGUGGUACUUCUCACUGCCACGACGUUAUGUCUCAGCGCACGCGCCUACGUCGCACAUCCUACCUCUUGCUUAUCGCUGUCACUUUGCUGACGCUCUUAUGUUUAUGUCCUCAUGGAGCUUUUGCUACAGAAAGCCAAGAAGAUCCGUAUGGCCCCAUCGUUGGCAUAAACUUGGGAUCGGUAAAUUCGCGGAUAGCGGUGUUCCGUGAUGGUGAAGUCGAAAUGAUCGACACAAUCCCGUCACUCUCGCCAAACGCGUACCCACAACCUCUUGACGUGAUGCGCGAAGAAGCCAUCUCCCAACUUUUCCAAAACCUGAAGGAACGCGCCGAUGCUUACCUUGGGGACAAUGUCACCCACACUGUCGUCACCAUUCCCGAACGCUACGGCAAUGCUGAGCGCCAAGCCAUCAAGUCAGCUGCCAAAAUCGCGGGGCUAGAAGCUCUCCGGAUCGUCAACGAGCCCGUAGCGGUGGUACAUGCCCAUGGGCUGAACGAAGUCUACGAAGACAUGAAGGUUCUGAUCUUUGACUUCGGAGGGGUGACGUGCGACGUCACUUUGCUCUCGAUAGAGGACGGAGUCUCCGAGACCCUCGCUUCUGCUAGUGACAGCAGCAUCGGAGGAGAGCGUAUCACUGACAGACUCGUCGAGAGGUUGGUCUCGGCGUACGAGAUAGAGAUAGGCGCAUUGGUGCCCACGGAUGACUCGGAAGAUAUCUCGAAACUCAGGCGGUAUGUUGAGCAAGCGAAGCGUUUCGUGUCGCAGAGGUUCGCGUGGCAGGAAAUCCACGAGAUUCCUACAUUCGAAGGAGAAGACGGGUAUAUUACUCAGUGGCUGCUCGAGAGUUUAAGUGAAGAUCUAUUCGCGCAUUCAAUUGACCUCGUGGAUCAAGUUCUCGAGGAUGCGAACGUAACGAAGGAAGAGGUGGACAAGAUCAUUCUCGCCGGAGGGUCAUCGCGUAUUGCCAAAGUCCAGGAUCUCCUCCAAGAACACUUCGCCAAAGAGCCAACCAUUGAUAUCAAUCCUGAGAAAGCCGCCGUCCGCGGUGCCGCUAUCUACGGGAACAAACUACGAUUUGUGCAACCAGACGCGUGCUGCUGCUGCGACUGGCCAUUGUGGCCACAUCAGCUGGGCAUAGAGACUUGCGAUGGGAUUGUCAAGUACAUCCCCGUCCUCCCUGUGGUGCCCUUUCGUAGGACAUACAACUUUUCAACAUUCAAGGAUGAUCAAACCUCGGUACGGAUCGGGGUGUACUCCGGCGAGCGCCCAUAUGCGAAAGACAACCUUCUUAUCGAGUCUUUCGAGCUGAAAGGAAUAGCGCCCGCUCCGCGCGGUGUAUCGCAAAUAGAGGUGACAUUCGAGAUAGACAGCGAUUUUUAUCUUCAGGUGUCCGCACUCGAUAGAGCGACGUGA